AUGGACAUCCUUCAGAAGAAGCCCCAGAACAUUGCCAUUCACACAAGUCCGUCUCAUGACUUGCGAGUGGUUGACUGCGAAGUCCCCAAGCUUGCUUCGGAUGAGUGCCUGGUCCAUGUGCGUGCAACAGGCAUCUGCGGAUCUGAUGUUCAUUUCUGGAAACAUGGCCGUAUUGGCCCCAUGAUCGUGACGGGAGAUAAUGGACUUGGGCAUGAAAGUGCCGGAAUUGUCCUGCAGGUUGGCAACGCGGUAACUCGAUUCAAGCCCGGCGAUCGGGUUGCUAUGGAAUGCGGUGUUCCCUGCUCGAAGCCAACCUGUGACUUCUGCCGCACCGGUAAGUAUCACGCUUGCCCGGAUGUGGUAUUCUUCUCUACGCCUCCUCAUCAUGGAACUCUGCGAAGAUACCAUGCCCACCCGGAGGCCUGGCUUCAUCGCCUCCCCGAUCACGUCACCUUUGAGGAAGGUGCUCUCCUCGAGCCUCUCACCGUUGCACUAGCUGGUAUUGACCGCUCCGGAUUGCGUCUGGCUGAUCCUCUGGUCAUUUGUGGUGCCGGACCCAUUGGCCUCGUCACCUUAUUGGCGGCCAACGCCGCUGGCGCGGCUCCGAUUGUCAUUACCGAUAUUGAUGAGAACCGUCUUGCCAAGGCCAAAGAGCUAGUGCCCCGAGUGCAACCGCUGCUAGUCCAGAAACAGGAGACAUCGCAAGAGCUGGGAGAGCGCAUUGUGAAGGAGCUUGGACAAGAGGCAAAGCUGGUUCUCGAAUGCACGGGUGUGGAGAGCAGUGUUCACGCGGGAAUCUACGCAACCCGAUUCGGCGGAAUGGUGUUCGUCAUUGGUGUUGGCAAGGACUUCCAAAACAUCCCCUUCAUGCACAUGUCGGCCAAGGAGAUAGAUCUGCGAUUCCAGUACCGGUAUCAUGAUAUCUAUCCCAAGGCAAUCAGUCUGGUCAAUGCUGGGCUCAUCGACCUGAAGCCUUUGGUGUCUCAUCGAUACAAGCUGGAGGAAGGACUCGAAGCCUUCGCUACUGCCAGCAAUCCAGCUGCGAGGGCCAUUAAGGUGCAAAUUGUGGAUGAAUAG